AUGGCUCCCAAACCGACAAAGCGGAGCGCCGCUCAGGACGACGAUUUCGUUCUCACGCUCUCCGACGACGAAGAUAUCACACGCUUCGAUGACGAGGAAGAGAUCGAGCCCGAGGGCAAAGAAUCUGCUAGCGACAACAAGAAACGAAAGCGCGAAACCGACACCUCUAAGGAUAAGAGCAAGAAGCAAAAGCAACAAGCCAAGAAUGUGAAGGGCAAGAAGGGCAAGGUCGUUGAGCCCGAGUCUGAAGAGGAGGAAGAGGAUGAAGAAGUGGAAGAAGGAAUGGGUGUUGGUAAUGAUGAUGGCGCGCUGGAUCCUGAAUUCGAGUUUGACGUUGGUGGUGUUGCCAAUGUCGGCGUCACAGAAGGAUUCGAUGGCUGGGGCUUGGACGACACUAAACAGAAUGGCGGUGAUAAGAAGGCGGUGGAUAUCGACGAUAUUAUCACACGACGAAACGCUAAGAAGGAGGCGGCUGCAGCAAAGAAGCAAAAGAAGGCCGCCGCCCAAAAAGAAGAAAGCGACGAGUCUGAUGACGAAGAUGUCGAGGGUGGUAUGGACGUCGAUUUUGGCGACGAUGAGCUUCUAGCUGAGGAUGGAUUCGGCAUGGGCGUCGAUGGCGAAGAGGAGGAAAGUGAAGCUGAAGGCCCAGAGCCCGGCUCUGGCCCCGAAGACAGCGAUGACGAAGAGGAAGCUGAAGACUCCGACGACGAUGCUGCUUCUGACAAUGAUUCCGUCGCUACUCCCGUUGGCCACCCCGACGACAGAGGCGAUGUCGAUGGAGAAUCCGAUGCCGAAAGCGAGGUGGAUGAAGAAGAGCAAGAGAAACGCAAUGCCUUCUUUGCUCCCGAAGAGAAGAUCGACGAAAAGACCGCUGCAUCGUCCGCCAAGAGCACCUUCCAAGAUUUCAACCUCUCUCGUCCAAUUCUACGUGGUUUGGCCUCUGUUGGCUUCACAGACCCUACACCUAUUCAGCGAAAGGCCAUCCCGGUGGCACUCUUGGGCAAGGAUAUUGUUGGUAGUGCUGUGACAGGUUCCGGAAAGACGGGCGCUUUCAUUGUCCCCAUUCUUGAACGUCUACUCUUCCGUCCUCGCAAGACCCCCACGAGCCGUGUCACGAUCUUGAUGCCUACUCGUGAGUUGGCGGUCCAGUGUUACAAUGUUGCUAUCAAGCUUGCUACCUUCACCGAUGUCACAUUCUGUCAGCUUGUUGGUGGUUUCAGUCUUCGCGAGCAAGAAAACAUCUUGAAGAAACGCCCUGAUGUUAUCAUCGCUACUCCUGGUCGUUUCAUCGAUCACAUGCGCAACUCCCCUAGUUUUACAGUUGAUACCCUGGAGAUUCUGGUUCUCGAUGAAGCCGAUCGCAUGCUGGAAGAUGGAUUUGCCGAUGAGUUGAAUGAGAUUCUCACGACCAUUCCCAAGUCCCGACAGACUAUGCUGUUCUCCGCCACCAUGACCGACUCUAUCGACAAGCUGAUUCGCUCGACGCCAAGAAGCAAACUGCUUUUGUUCGUCUACGCCCUGGCCGGGAGGGAAAAGCGACUUGGAUAUCUUCUGCACCUGUGCAAGGAGCUCUAUACCAAACGAGUUAUCAUCUUUUUCCGACAAAAGAAGGAGGUCCACCGAGUACGCAUUAUCUUCGGACUCUUGGGACUCAAGGCCGCUGAAUUGUACGGUAGCAUGAGUCAAGAACAGCGUAUCAAAAGUGUGGAAAACUUCCGUGAUGGCAAGGUCGCUUACCUAUUGGCUACCGACCUGGCCUCCCGUGGUCUUGAUAUCAAGGGGGUGGAGACUGUGAUCAACUACGAGGCCCCGCAGAGCCAUGAGAUCUACCUGCACCGUGUCGGUCGUACCGCCCGUGCUGGUCGAUCCGGUUGUGCUUGCACGAUCGCGGCUGAGCCCGACCGCAAGGUUGUCAAGGCUGCCGUGAAGGCUGGCAAGGCGCAUGGCGCCAAGAUCAUCAGUCGUGUCGUCGAAAUGGCCAUUGCAGAUGAUUGGGCUCAGAAGGCCGCCGAUCUCGCCGAUGAGGUCGAAGAGGUUCUUGAGGAGGAGAAGAUUGAGAAGCAGAUGGCCCAAGCCGAAAUGCAAGUCACCAAGGGACAGAACCUGAUGAAGCAUGGUUCGGAGAUCAUGUCGCGACCCAAGCGUACCUGGUUCGAGAGCGAACAGGACAAACGUACAGCGAAGAAGCUGGGUCGUGCGGAGUUGAACGGACCUCCUGACCUCGUGACGAAGAAGGAAAAGAUCAAGCUCAGCAACAAGGACAAGAAGCGAUUAGACGAUUCUAAGAUGCGCCAUGAAGGAGAUGCAUGGCUGACAUGUCGUCUAAAUCGGCUUUACCGCGGAAGAGUGCUUUCUCGUGCGAGGCCUGUCGCAAGCGCAAGGUCAAAUGUAACGGAGCAAGUCCGUCAUGUUCACGAUGUGCCGCUCGAGGUGAAGUGUGUGUGUACAGCUUCUCCUACCUUAUCAUAUACCAAACAACUUGAAACUCGAGUUGCUCAAUUAGAAGAUGCCCUGGCUAAACACCAGUCCGAUGUGGAUGCCCGCAAGAUCAGCUCGCCGGCCUCGGUGGCCGAAUCCAGUUCCAGCGCCGGGCGCAAAAUCAAGACGGAGAACGAUGAUACCCAGGAUCUCACCAGGGAUUUUGAUGGCCUAAAUGUUGAGAAUGAUGGUCGCAUCUCUUUCCAUGGACCCACGAGUUUGUUUCAACUGCCCAGUGGAGUGGUUAGCGAGACCGCCUCGACAUCACACUUUGCCCAGGAGAUGGAGGCCCGCAAGGAGCGGCUGAUCAACAGCGCAUGGCGAGAACGGGCCUUCGAGCAGAUGGCUGCAAUGCCGGAACCUUUUCAAUAUCUUCUCGAUUCCCAUUGGUGCUGGAUUCAGCCACUUUUCAACUUUGUCUACCGCCCAGCCUUUACACGUGAUAUGAAAAUUCAAGGCCCUUAUUAUUCCGAUAUCCUAAUGAAUGCCCUGCUCUCUCACUCGGUACGAUGGUGCAAAGCUGAGCCACAAAUAGGUCCAUUGUUGGACUCAUUCGACGGCGGUGCACAAUUUUAUCAGCGUGCAGUCUCAGGACUUCAUGACUCGCUCAAAGUUGGCUAUGCGGGCAUCCCAACGAUUCAAACAUUACUCCUCCUCAGUGCCCAGGAAUGCGGUCGCGGCAAUCGGACACAAGCUUGGCUCUACAGCGGCAUGGCCUUCCGUUUACUCGAUGAUUUAGGUAUCUCAAUUGAUAGUCGCAAAUAUCCCGGAGCAGUAAAGCUCAGCGAUGAGGAUAUUGAGAUCCGUAAUCGACUCUUCUGGAGCUGUUAUUUCUGGGAUAAGAUUGUUUCGCUAUACUUUGGACGGGCACCUACGAUGCAACAUUCUCGCGUCAGCCCGCCACGCAUGAUAUUGGAUGAUACUUCUGAGAUUGAAAUAUGGACGCCGCAUGGCGUGACCUUCCCCGAUGGGGCACACUACCCACCCACACAGGCGCAUUCCACAUCAUGCUUCAUGCGGAUGUGUGGGCUAGCGGAAGUCCUUAAUCAAAUAUUAAUUCAUAUAUAUGAUCCUAUGCGACAAAGCACCGAGGCAGAAUUCUUCGACUGUGUGCAAGAGCAGUCUAGAAAUCUGAGUGAAUGGUGGGAUGAUCUUCCGGACUAUCUGAAGUUGGUGGCAACCGACUUGCCUCCUUAUUCUCCCCCAAGCCACAUAAUGACUCUGAACUGCCUUUACCAUACUGUCAACAUCCUGCUCCAUCGUCCGAUUUUAUGCUCCAGGGGCCUAUUGAAGACGCAUCAAGAAUCCUAUGACACAAGUCACCUUGUACAGUGCAUGUCUUCUGCAACGUCAAUCCUAUCGUUGUUCGACCUUUAUCGCAGAACAUUCGGUGACAACCACGUUGUCCUGUCCCUUGCAUACAGCAUCUACACAGCAGCUUCCAUCUUCCUCCUGGAGAUUCAAGCACUCAAGUACGCCGCCCCGGGUACACUGGACAAGCUGAAAUUCUGCAUUUUCGCCCUGGAACGUGUCAAGCUCUCAAAUCCCGUCAUCACGACCGCUCUCAACCUCCUCUACCAAGAGAUCCAAAAACUUCAAAUCGACAUCGGCAUCUCCGCCCCUGCCCCUGCCGACACCAAACAGCCCCAACAGCAACCAACCCCUCCCUCCAGAACCCAGUCGAGUCAAUCUCCCUCGAUUGGAAGCAAUCCCUCGCGCCAUGUCUCCCCAGGCCAACAACACCAGCGCCAACAGAGCCGUGCAACAAUGAGCACACAGCCAAACCCAACGGCAUCAAAUACAUCCGCCUCGAUGAUGCCCGGAUACAGCCCCUUCCAGCAACAAGCCGUUUCAGGCUUCGACCUCUCACAGAUGGGUGAGAUGCCCCAGAUGCCAGCAACACACCUUUUAGGUGGUAUGCCGAAUGCCGUCAUGACAGUGGAUGAUCCCGGCUCGUACGAGAUCACCCCGGAGGUAUUCGAGGCAUUCUCGUAUGCCCAGCCCAUUGCGACUAAUAUGGCUUCGUUUGAAACGAACUGGCAGGGCCAGGGUUAA